CAACCUAUUUUCUUGCAUACCCUACAUUGGAGGCCGUUGCUAUCCUUUUAAUUUGGUUACUUGGGGAGAAUAGUUGGAGGUGUGUGUAAAAAGCUAUGAAUGCAAGCUGUGCAGUGGUGGACCACACCUUUAAUCCCAGCAAUCCAGAAGCAGAGGCAUUAGGAUCUCUGUGAGUUCAAGGCCAGCCUAGUCUACAGAGUGAGUCCCAGGACAGGUUCCAAAGCUACACAGAGAAAUCUUGUCUCAAAAACAACAAAAAACUAUGAGUGCUAAACAUAGAUAUUUAGUUUGAGUCUAAAAGUUUGAGAAGGGAAGUCACUUGGAGUGAUUUCUCUAUUUGUACUUUUCCCCUAAAGCUUUGUUUUUAGCUGCAGAAUCUCUCACCAGCCAAGGGCUGAGUACUCCAGGACUCUGAUUGUUCUCUUUAUGUUUCUGUAGGUGACACUUCUGCACUUCCUUUCUUGACUCUGAAAAACAGCUCCUGCAAUUUGAAUCAGAGACUCAUUUUCAGUGUGCCUGCUGUAGCUGGAACUAGCUUCUUUUGGGGAUCACAAUGACCAUGGAAGGCAGGGGAACAUUAGGUCUUAUCUCCAGGACAGCUGGGUAUCAGAAGCAGGAGGGGAGCUUGACUGUGAAGCAGGAACCAGGAAGCCAGACCUGGAGACAGAGCUGCAGCUUCCAGAAGAACUACCCUCCUGUCUGUGAAAUCUUCCGACUACACUUCAGGCAGUUAUGUUACCACGAGAUGUCUGGGCCUCAGGAGGCACUGAGCCGGCUCAGGGAGCUCUGCCACUGGUGGCUGAUGCCAGAGGUCCACAGCAAGGAACAGAUCCUGGAGCUGCUGGUGCUGGAGCAGUUCCUAAGCAUCCUGCCCAGGGAGAUCCAGAUGUGGGUACAGCUCCGUCACCCUGAAACUGGCGAGGAGGCUGUGGCUGUGGUGGAGGAUUUCCAGAGACACCUUAGUGGGUCAGGAAAGGUUUUACCUCCAGUACAAGAACAGGAUAUGCAUUUAAAGAAGAUGAUAUCUCUGAAUGCAAUAGAACAAUCGCCUACCUCAACCUCCAGUCAGGGCUCAGCCCCUGAAUCCCACUUGGAUCCUCCUUAUGACCCUCAUGGACACUUUGCAACACAUAAGAACAGGAUGGAAAGUUCUACAUACACUCCAAAGCAUGACAUUUCUAAAGGGUCAGGUUCAUUUGACACAUCCUCAGGGGGACUCUCUGGAGUAGCCUUGGCAGAGCCAGAGUCUGGAGGUGGCUGUGGAGACCGUUUAGCACAGGUGGGAGGAGGCCGUGAGCUGGAAAAGAAAGAUAAGAACAACUCCACAAAAGACAGAAGUGAGGAAUGCAACGAUGUAGAGGAACAUCCAGAUCUUUCCUCUAGUUCUGUUGAGCAUCAGCAAGAAGCAAAGAGACAAAAGUUCUAUAAAUGUGAUGAAUGUGACAAAGUUUUCAACCAGAGCUCACUCCUUGGACACCAGAAAAUCCACCCUGGAGAGAAACCCUAUGAAUGUAAUGAGUAUGGGAAGACCUUCCGACAGACACCUCAGCUAAUUGUUCAGCUCAGAACAUACACGGAGGAAAAACCUUUUGAAUGUAGUGAGUGUGGGAAGACUUAUCAUCACAGUUCCCGUCUUAUUCAACACCAGAGACUCCAUGAUGGGGAGAAACCUUAUAAAUGUAAUGAAUGUGCAAAAGCUUCCACUCAGAAUUCCCAGCUCACUGACCACAAGAGAACCCAAACUGGGGUGAAACCUUGUGAGUGCAAUAAGUGUGGGGAGGCCUUCAUUCGGAGUAAAAGUCUUGUUCAACAUCAGGUCCUUCACACUGGUAAGGAGCCCUAUGAGUGUAAUAAUGAAUGUGGGAAAACAUUCUGUUCCGACAGAAAUCUUAUUGACCACCAGAGAAUCCACACUGGGGAGAAGCCUUAUGAGUGUAUUGAGUGUGGCAAGGCCUUUAGUCGCAAUAAAUGUCUUAUUCGACACCAGAGUCUCCACACGAGGGAAAAACCAUACAAAUGCAGUGAAUGUGGGAAAGCCUUCAAUCAGAACUCUCAGCUCAUUGACCAUGAACGAAUUCACACUGGAGAGAAGCCUUUUGAGUGUAGUGAGUGUGGCAAGAAAUUCAGUUUAAGUAAAUGCCUUAUUCGGCACCAGAGACUUCACACUGGAGAAAAGCCCUAUAAAUGCAUCGAGUGUGGAAAAUCCUUCAAUCAAAACUCUCACCUCAUUAUACAUCAGAGAAUCCAUACUGGUGAGAAACCUUAUGAAUGUAAUGAGUGUGGGAAGGUCUUCAGUUACAGUUCUAGCCUUAUGGUUCAUCGAAGAACCCAUACUGGUGAAAAGCCCUAUAAAUGUAAAGACUGUGGGAAAGCCUUCAGUGACAGUUCACAGCUUAUUGUGCACCAGAGAGUUCACACUGGUGAGAAGCCUUAUGAAUGUAUUGAAUGUGGGAAAGCCUUUAGUCAGUGUUCCACUUUUAAUCACCAUCAGCGAACUCACAAUGUGGAGAAGCCCUCAAGUCUGCUUCAGACAAUACCUUAAGGCAUGGUUCCCUGAGAUAGGGAACAAAGAAUUCUGAGUUAGUAUUGUGUAUAAAAAAAUUUUUUUAGAUUUAUUUAUUUAUUAUGUAUACAAUGUUUUGCCUGCAUAUAUUCCUGCAGGUCAGAAGAGGGCACCAGAUCUCACUACAGAUGGCUGAGAGCCACCAUGUGGGUGCUGGGAACUGAACUCAGGACCUCUGGAAGAACAGCCAGUGCUCUUAACCUCUGAGCCAUCUCUCCAGCCUUCACAUUUGUUUUUUAAAGUUAGUCCAAUAUAUAACUUCUUAUCAUUUAAGUUCCCUCCCUAGAAAUGUUUUCCUUUUACUUGUUAAUUUAUGUGUAUUUGUGUAUGAUUGUACAUGUGAGUGCAGUGCUUGUAGAGGCCAGCAGAGGGCACUGAUCCCCUUAGAACUCGUGAUGUGAUCGUGAGGUAACUGACAUGGGUGCUGGGAAUUGAAUUUGGGUCUUCUGCAAGAAUAGUAUAUAUUCUUAACCACUGAGCCAUCUCUCCAGCCCCAGGACUUUUUUUUUCCCCCAAAUGCUUUCCCUCUUAAACCUCUGUUGAUCUGAUCUCAAACAUGCUUUGAGUUAGUUGCUAUAUGGUACAACUGUUAAAUUCCCUUGUAAGUAUUUAUAUACUUUCAUACCAAUAUGUAGGCUCUUUGUGGGCAUAUAUUUUUCAUAUAUAGAUAGUUAAUUAUAUUAAUUGCUAAGUAAAUAAUUUUUAAUUAA